AUGUUCGACGACCCGGACCGAAUGAAUGAUUUCCAAUUCUCCCAAUUACACAAGCGCGUUCUCAAGCUCGAUGGCCACCAUUCCAACCCCAUGAAUAUUGACUCACAUUGCGAAAUCGACUACAUGGACGCAUUUGGCAGAACGCCAUUAUACUGGGCAAUCGAACGUGGCGAUCUAGCGGCAGUUUUAACGCUGUUAGGAGCAGGAGCAGGUCCAAAUAUUCCCACUCCGCGUGCCGGAUGGACCUCCAUGCAUUUUGUUGCUCGCUCUCACACUACGCCACUGUCUAGAGCCCUUCGACAUGGUGAUGGUGCUGCAAAAAUAAAAGCUCUGAUUGCUGGAGGGGCUGAUCCUAAUCUUCAGUACGACGAAACGAGAUGGACGGCCUCGCACCUAGCCAUGUUUUUAGGGCGAACUGAAUGCGUUCGAGAUCUGUUGGAAUCUGGCGCAGACUUCUCGCUCAAAACUGUGAUGGGAAGCAAUGUCGUUCACUUCGCUGCAAGAUACGGCGAUUUGGAGAUGGUACAAUUGCUUCGAGAGUUUGAAUCAAUACUGGGAAAAGCAUUAACUGAGUGUCCCAGGGAUACCCUACAUGACCUUCAGGACUUUCGUCGGGAAAGGUACAUUUCGGCAAUUACUGACACAUGGUGGUCUGUAUGGAGUGACCUGAUAAGGAAGGAGACUCUUGAGCAGUCAAUCAACUAUGGGGCUGUUGCUGAACCGCAAACCGAUACAAAUGAUCUAAGCUGGGAGGAUGAGGCUGAUUACGAAGAUGCUGUUGAGUAUUUAUGA